AUGUUGCGGGAAAGUUUCGACGUCUAUGAAAUGCCAAAGGUCGUUGUUAUUAAAUCAAGCUCCGUUGGAAUACUUUAUCGACUGCUGCAACUUGCAAUAGUUGUCUACUUUGUUGUUUGGGUGAUGCUUCAUGAGAAGGGCUAUCAAGCAUUUGAGCGACCCAUUUCAGGAGUCACCGCGCGAGUGCGCGGCACCGUUUUCAGCAAUCUGGACCAUGAGGGCAGUUAUCAUGCUGGGGGUCCAAUAAUAUACACCGAAGCUGACCUUUCAGUUCCGCCUAUCCAAAAUGCUGGAUUCUUUCUCAUUACUCGGAUUUACAGCGCUAUUGAGCAGGAACAGGCAUUCUGUCCAGAAAGCCCAGAGUUGUUUGACGCCGUAUGUUCGUCUGAUGCCGACUGUCCACCUGGUGAGAUUGCAGCCACGAGAUUACGGCCAACAUCCAGAAACGCAUCUUUCCCUCCAUUUACUGAUUUUGACUUGGACGGCCAUGGACCGUUCACUGGACGCUGUGUGCCCGAGACAUCUACCUGUGAGGUAUUUGCCUGGUGCCCUAUUCUGGAGAAUAGUGAGGUUCGAAGGAGUUCCUGGUCCAAGAUAAUAAAAAUAACCCCAAAGUCAAAUCCCUUAUUACGUCCAAACUUCCACUUGUUUUCGAAUCUUCAGUUUAUUGAGGAGAGACGCAGAGCCUUGGAUUUUCCGGCGUACAAAAGCGGUGAAGCGGAACCAUUAUACGACAUCCUAAAUUUCACUGUUUCCAUUAGAAAUAGCAUCGAAUUUCCCAUCUAUAAGUUCAAAAAAAGAAACAUUCUACCGUGGAUGAAUGCCUCCUAUUUAAAAAAGUGCGUUUAUGAGAAGGGGCACCCCGUUGAUGAAUACUGUCCAAACUUUCGUCUACACAAUAUUAUCAGGCAGUCUGGAGCUGUAGUUCGAGAAAUACUGAAAGUUGGCGGCAUUAUUGAUAUCAGCAUUCACUGGGACUGUGACCUGGACUUGCAUGAGGAUAAAUGCUACCCUAAAUACAAUUUCCGGUAUCUGGGCUCAAUUUCCAAAUUCCAGACUGGCCAUUCACCUCUGUUUAGAAAAUUCUUUCCUAUGGACGAGAAAUUCUACACCGAGUUUGCUACUCACUAUGGUUCUGUUAAACACAGGAGAAUGCUCAUGAAAGUAAAUGGCAUCCAGUUCCUCAUUUCGGUCACCGGAAGAGCAGGAAAAUUCAAUUUAUUGGAGUUCAGCAUGAAGGUCGGCUCAAGUAUGGCGUUUUUUGGUACUGCUACUCUGAUCUGCGACAUGAUUCUUGUCUACCUAAGCAAUGAUCGUUAUCGUUACCGUAGUACUAUAAGUCAUCUAAGCACACUUACUCGCAGUGCUACUUUCAUUGCGCGCUAUGGAACGGGAGUAUCAUCAGACCCUAGGAAACGCUGGACCUCCCCGGCCGAAGCCAAAGAAGUGAAAGAGAGCACGGAAGGUAUUCCUAAACUCCCAUCAAAACCAAAAAUAGACGACAUCAGCGGGAUAAGUCAGCUUGUGCAUCUCUACACUGAGAAACAAGCCUUCUGCAAUUUUCUGUCUACUGCGGAUCAUGAGCCAAAUAUGCCGGCUACUAUGAACGAAGUGACCGCAGAUGAGGCGAGGAAGGGACAAAAACAUGCAGCAAUGAUGUCGAAUUCUGCAUCAGGGCAAUCUUCACCAGGGACAGGCUACUACAGCGAUCCUCCCUCGAUUGGGCAGGACGUGAUCCCCUCCUUUUUUGCCCCUGAGAGUCGCUUUGACUCAGCCGUUAAGAACUGCGAAAAACGAGGCAGCUAA